AAGCGCUCGGGCCGCGCCGGGGCCGCGCGGGGCUCGGCGCCGCUCGCUGCGCGCCCGCCGGUGAUGCCGGCCCCGGGCCCGCGCUGCCCCUCGCCCCGCCAUGCUGCCCUGCGGGGCCGUGCUCUGGCGGCGGCUGCUCAGGAAGCGAUGGGUCCUCGGCGUCGUCUUCGGGCUCUCGCUCGUGUACUUCAUCAGCAGCACCUUCAAGCAGGAAGAGAGGAUGGUGAGAGAUCGGACUCUCCUCCAAGUGCAGGAGCAUGAGCAGCCCAUCAUGUGGAAGGUGAAGUUCAGCUCGGGGAACAGCAGUCAGCUGAGCAACCAGUGCAGGAACUCUGUGCAGGGGAAGCUCCUCAUUACAGAUGAACUGGGCUACAUCUGUGAGAGGAAGGACCUGCUGGUGAAUGGCUGCUGCAACGUGCACGUGCCCAGCACCAAGCUGUACAGCUGUGACAGCUGCCUGCCCAACGGCUGCUGCAGCAUCUACGAGUUCUGUGUGUCCUGCUGCCUGCAGCCCAGCAAGCAACAUCUCCUGGAGCGGUUCUUGAACCGGGCAGCGAUUGCGUUCCAGAACCUCUUCAUGGCAGUGGAAGAUCACUUUGAGCUGUGUCUGGCCAAGUGUAGGACUUCAUCACAGAGUGUGCAGCAUGAGAACACCUACAGAGACCCAAUUGCCAAAUACUGCUAUGGGGAGUACCCCCCAGAGCUCCUGCCUGUUUGAGAGCUGCAGAUCUGAGCAGCAGGAGGAAGGAGCUGGAGCCUUGAAUCCAAAAGGACAAGACAGCAGCUGUUGCUUUACCAAAGCCUCAGUGUAAAAGCUUGCCUGGUGUGGGGGCAAACCCAGAGGUGAAGAGAGGAAGUAAGGAACUUAAGUUCUUCGGGACUGAAUCUUGCUUUCUUCAAUUUAUUGUGCACCUGCUUUGGAGUGCUGGUACUGUGCUGCUGUGCCAGUGCAUUAUUUGAAUACUUCCUCAGAAUUUUAGGAAUCGUGGAGUCAAUCUGGGCUACAGAACAUCAUGAGAAAAAUAUCUAAUGUGGCUUUGCAGCUGUAAAUGGAGGUUCAGCUGUGUCUCUGCAGUCCAGAGACUUUCCACGGUGACAGUAGGAACUGGAGGACUUUUCCUUUCAGAGGGCAAAGCAUGCCCACUGUGCUUCUCUCUCUGGAACCCUUGACAUGCAUGGUGUACACUACAUAUGUAAUUAUGAGUUAUUUAUUCAUUUUAUAUGGGUCACUGGCUGAAAGUAUGGAUGCUUUUCAUAGCUAGUUGUGGAUGCCUUUCAGUCCCUGCUUUGCUGUGUCAGCUAGAAGGGAUAUUUUAGAUCCUGACUAAAGUUGGUAGGGUUUUUUUUUUCCUCCUUAGUCUAAAGGAAUUGUAUUGGGAUUUGUCACUAUAGUACUUAUGUUCCUCUUAGUGAGUUUAAACCAUUCAGAACUCCAAUGGAGUUGUUCUGCCACAGUCCCAUAGCACAAGAGAAGAGCAGGGAUCUGCCUAGGAUGGGAUGUUUAUUGUCUCUAAACACUUUCCUUGUUACUCUGCAGCAGUUUCCUCAAAGAGGAGUCCAGUUUUGUGAGCAGCUCUCUGCUGUCCACUUGCUGACAGGGAGCUGGGAAGAUUUGUUUGCUUGAGCUUGUUCAGGCCUUGGUAUUUCAAAUGUACUUCACUCCUGGUUGUGCAGGAGGCCAAAGGGUGGAGCUGAGCUCUCCCCAGCACCUUUCCCAGCGCUGCCUGUGCCUCUCCGCCCUGCUCCAGUGAAGGAGGCAGGGUGGCUCUGCCAGCCUGCUCCAGCUCUCAGGCAGAUCCUGAAGUGUUUUACAUCGGUGUCUCAGGCAGCAAACAGCAGCUUCCUUUUAGCCCUUGGAACCCCCUUGCACCAAAUUCCAGCUGAUCUUCACCUUUGACAAACGUAAUAAACAGGACUCAGUUAAGAAGACAAGAAUUCAUUAUCCCCUGCUUGCUUUACACAAUCCAGUGCCCAGCUCCUGCCGCUGUACCUCAGGCAGUGGGGAAAGGAAGAGGGCAACCUGCGGCCGGGAGUUUAGGAUAAAAGGAGGCUGCAUCCUCCGAAAUCUCGACAGAGACCCCACGGGGGUAUGGCGUAGUGGACUCUCUCCCUUUAUUCGAAUAAAGUUGCAGGACUUCUCUG